AUGCAGGGUGGUGUGUCGAGCAUCAGUGCUGUCAGGAGCAUUCAUGAGGAGAGGAGCGCUGAGGAAGAGGAGGAGAUCUCAGAGGAAGAGGACAGUGAGGUCAGUGGGACGGCUCUUCCUGAAGAAGGAACAGAACCUGAACUACAAGAUCCAGCCUUAUCUAGAGACCACAGUCAAGAGCCACCUUCAGAGGACUCCUUGUGUGGGCGUCACCUCCCCUCAACAGCAGAAGGGGGCAGCAGGGAGUGCAGCAGUGCUGUUUCCUGCCCUCCCACCCCAGAUGCUGCAGUAUCCAGUGGCCGAGAGGAAGAUGAGGAAACGAGCGAUAUGAAGAAUCAAGGUGUGAAAGAAGACAUGAAGGUGAAACAGGCAGAUAAAGAGGAGAACAAUAAGAAAACAAACAACAGACAGAAUAGAACAGACAGAGAGAGUGGUGAAGUGAUGGAGAACAAAGAUGAUGAACAAAUUGAGCGAUUCAGCAGUUCUGAAGAGAAUAAGAGAGAUCAGAUGAGGGAGACAUCAGAAGAGAGAUAUCAGACAGAGAAGAGAUCAGAGGAACUGAAGGAUCAGACAGAGGAGAGAUCAGAGGAACUGAAGGAUCAGACAGAGGAGAGAUCAGAUGAAAAGAAAGAUCAGACAGAGGAGAGAUCAGAGGAACAGAGAGAUCAGACGGAGGACAGAUCAGAUGAAAAGAAAGAUCAGACAGAGGACAGAUCAGAUGAAAAGAGAGAUCAGACAGUGAUGAGAUCAGAUGAAAAGAGAGAUCAGACAGUGAUGAGAUCAGAUGAAAAGAGAGAUCAGACGGAGGAGAGAUCAGAUGAAAAGAGAGAUCAGACGGAGGAGAGAUCAGAUGAAAAGAGAGAUCAGACAGAGGAGAGAUCAGAUGAAAAGAAAGAUCAGACGGAGGAGAGAUCAGAUGAAAAGAGAGAUCAGACAGAGGAGAGAUCAGAUGAAAAGAGAGAUCAGACAGAGGAGAGAUCAGAUGAAAAGAGAGAUCAGACGGAGGAGAGAUCAGAUGAAAAGAGAGAUCAGACGGAGGAGAGAUCAGAUGAAAAGAGAGAUCAGACAGAGGAGAGAUCAGAUGAAAAGAGAGAUCAGACAGAGGAGAGAUCAGAUGAAAAGAGAGAUCAGACGGAGGAGAGAUCAGAUGAAAAGAGAGAUCAGACAGUGAUGAGAUCAGAUGAAAAGAGAGAUCAGAUGGAGGAGAGAUCAGAUGAAAAGAGAGAUCAGACAGUGAUGAGAUCAGAUGAAAAGAGAGAUCAGAUGGAGGAGAGAUCAGAUGAAAAGAGAGAUCAGACGGAGGAGAGAUCAGAUGAAAAGAGAGAUCAGACAGUGAUGAGAUCAGAUGAAAAGAGAGAUCAGAUGGAGGAGAGAUCAGAUGAAAAGAGAGAUCAGAUGGAGGAGAGAUCAGAUGAAAAGCGAGAUCAGACGGAGGAGAGAUCAGAUGAAAAGAGAGAUCAGACAGUGAUGAGAUCAGAUGAAAAGAGAGAUCAGACGGAGGAGAGAUCAGAUGAACAGAGAGAUCAG